AUGGCCACGUGGAAAGCCUCCUCCUCCUCCUCCCCAGCAGCCUCUCCUUCCCGUCGUUUCAUCUCCUAUAGGAGAAGAACCAAAGCUUCACCACCGAGGCGACCCUCCUCCGAAUCUCCACCGAGGAAGAUGAGAUCGAUCGCCGAUGUAAUGGCGAAAUCUCCGCCCGUCGUCGAGCAGGAGCAAGACGACGGCUACGGUGACGUCACCUGCGAGAAAUGCGACUUGGGAGAAAGAGACGAUGAGCUUCUUCUUUGCGACAAAUGCGAUAAAGGGUUUCACAUGAAAUGUCUCCGACCGAUCGUGGUUCGUGUCCCUGUCGGACCGUGGGUCUGUGCAUCGUAA